GGAGGAAUUGGGAGCGGAGGAGGCGGCGGCGCAAACCCUGCAAAGCGGCGCCGAAGGCGCCGAUCCGGAAGUCCAUAAGAGGGUUGCCGCGGUGCAGGUGCAGGUUCAGGGUAUGGAGGGUGAUUGGCGCGCCUACUGUGAGCAUCCGCUCUCCGUAGCGACCGCGGCCAUGCUAAACCUUCAGCAGCAGCAUCAGUCGGCGGUAGCUAACCACAAUGAUGAUCCUGCCGCGUCCUAUGUCUAUGAAUACUACAAAUUGCCCGAGAAAACGGCGGAUGUCAAACUACCGCCCACCCAUGAACUCUGGUCGACGGGUGUGAUGGGCCAGAAGUUGCUGGUGCAAGAGGCGCCUGGCUCUGGUUCCGCCUCGACGAAUCGCAUGGAAGGCGGUGAAGGUGCCGGAGGAGGGGAGCUACACCACUUCCUCCAAUACAACCAGCAAUCUCACAGUCCUAGCCAGAGCCUGCAGGGUGGCCUUCCACUUCCGCUGAGCCCACAACCCUUGCGACACGACGGUGCCUCGAACGCCGGCAUCGUCGGGGUCAAGAGGGAACCAGAAGAUCUCAGCUCGUCACGCGGAGGCCAACAACCCAGCAAACGACACAAACAGGCGCAACCCGACAGUCCCACACCACCAGGAAUGUACCAUCAUCAUCCGCAUCAGUUGCAGGUGCAGCAGUACGGCAGCCCUUACGACCCCUACACGUCGUGCAGUCCUAGGUUGCAGUCAACUGCCUAUACGUCUACGUCAGCGACCGGGACGGGAAACACAACGGCGAAUCCGGGUGGCGGCCUUCAUCAGGAGGCGACGACAGUCUACGUCGCCGGUGACGCAUUGCCGCCACUCGCCUCGUCAAGCUCCACUUCCUCGCUGUCCACCACGACUGCUUCGUACACGAGGUACGAGGUCGUGCCAAGCUCAUACGCUACGACACACGCGAUACGCUCGUCGUCGAGUAGCAGCAAAGUCCUAACCGUUGAUCUUCCCAGCCCUGACUCUGGCAUAGGCGCCGACGCGGUGACGCCCAGACAGGAUCAUCAUCCAACCACGGCCCUUCAUCAGUCCUCAUUCGACUAUACAGAAUUAUGUCCUGGCGGAACAACAGCCGGAACAGCGGUAGUUCUCGAAAGUGGAGCGGUGAUACACCAACCCCUGCAAUUACAGCUGCAGCAGAGCCAUGCACAAGCACAGGUGCAACGCAGCAGCUUAGUGUCCACUGGUGCGACAAAUCCGAAUCCAAAUCCAAAUCCGCAAAGAUCGCGGCCUUGGCACGAUUUCGGUAGACAGAACGACGCCGAUAAGAUCCAGAUACCGAAAAUUUUCUCAAAUUACGGAUUCAAGUACCACUUGGAGUCACCGAUCAGUACCUCCCAGCGCCGCGAGGACGAUAGAAUAACGUAUAUCAAUAAGGGCCAAUUCUACGGAAUCACGUUGGAAUAUGUGUCCGAUCCGGACAAACCGCUCCUCAAGGCAGGACAGACAGUCAAGAGCGUAGUAAUGUUGAUGUUCCGAGAGGAGAAGAGUCCAGAGGACGAAAUCAAAUCCUGGCAGUUUUGGCACGGAAGGCAACACUCUGUCAAACAACGGAUUCUUGACGCUGACACAAAGAAUAGCGUUGGCUUGGUGGGCUGCAUAGAGGAAGUCGCGCACAAUGCGAUUGCCGUUUACUGGAACCCACUCGAAUCGUCGGCAAAGAUAAACGUGGCGGUGCAAUGUCUCAGUACCGAUUUCUCGAGUCAGAAAGGCGUGAAGGGUUUGCCGCUGCAUAUCCAGGUCGACACAUACGAGGAACCACCGCCCCACACGCACACGUAUACGCCGCCUUCCCAUCGCGGCUACUGUCAAAUUAAGGUCUUCUGCGAUAAGGGAGCUGAGAGAAAGACCCGGGACGAAGAGAGACGCGCGGCUAAGAGGAAGAUGACAGCGACUGGCAGAAAAAAGCUCGACGAGCUUUAUCACCCCGUUACGGAGCGCAGCGAGUUUUACUCCAUGGUCGAUUUGCACAAACCACCUGUGCUGUUCUCCCCACCGGCCGAACACGCCAUUGAUAAGUUCUCGACGAUGGAGUUGUCGGGCUUCUACGGUGGUGGCGGCGGCGGGGGAGGGGGUGACACCGACACCUCGUCACUCAGUAAUGGUGAAGGUGGAGGAUUGAAGGCGGGGGGUAGCAGCCCCUAUCCACCGCCAUGCGCCCGGCCGAGUCUGCCGGCUCUCAAGUUCCACAACCAUUUUCCACCCGACAAUCUCAGUAACCUGCACGACAAGAAGGACUCGUUGCUGAUGCAGGUGCAGGAGCUGCAAGGCUCAAUGCUACAGGGGGUGCAGACCGGCCUUGCGGGCACAGUGGUGUCCAGUGUCGGUAAUCGGCUGCACCUACAACAGCAGCCGCCACAUCUACGCCCAGCGGACGCCGAGGAACGCGUUAUGCUCUACGUGCGUCAGGAAUCGGAAGAUGUCUACACACCACUGCACGUCACACCACCGACAGUCCAGGGGCUACUCAACGCUAUUGAGUCAAAGUACAAAAUUGCAUCCUCGAGUAUUAAUAACCUCUAUCGCAAAAACACAAAGGGAAUUACAGCGAAAAUUGAUGACGACAUGAUCCGAUAUUACGUCGACGAGGACCUAUUUCUGCUGGAGGUGAGCCACUCACGGAUAAAUCCAGACCCGGGCAGCGAACGCAACCCGAACAAUCCGGGCUCGCCGGGUGACCCUGGCGAUCCGAGUGAUUCUCCCGCCGGAUAUGACGUCACUCUCAUCGAACUACCUUCAUCGCCUCCACAUUUACCACAUUCACCCCUCGCCAAUUCCACACAUGCACAUGUGCAUGUUCAUGACAACAGUAACACGUGAACCUGAACGAACAAGAAAACGUUUGUGUAAAUACGCUACGCAAGCUUGACGAGAACUGAUCACUUGGAUGAAUGAAGGAUCAGCAACAUCUUGCGUUGAAUAAUAACAAUUGCUAAAUAAAUAGCGAAUUUUUUUCGUA